AUGGGGUGGUUAAUCAAGUUCCUCCGGGAUGACCGGGUAUUGUUUGGCUACUUGGCCAUCAAUGCAGUGGGCUGGCUUCUGGGCUUGCGCGUCCUGCUGAAGAAGUGGCGCGACGACGCCGAGAUCAAACCAGUACAGCCUAAGACGCAGUACAUCACCCAAGAGACCGAAGAUGCCCUGAAGCUGAGCACCCUCGACACACUCCUUGGCCACUACAACCAGUCUAUCCGAGAGACAGCGGCCAAGAUUGUUUGCGACAGAGCCGUCAACGACAGGGAAACGGUCGACCUGCUGCUCUGGGGCAUCACGCGCGGCGACUACGACGAGCGCAUGAGGAACCUGAGGGCGCUCGCUACCAUCACUGACCCGCAGAGCCUCGAGCGACUGCAUAGAUGGAAAGCAUAUGCUGCGCUGGUCAGGUGUCUCGAGUUGUGCCUCGACCCGGGACAGGAAGUGCUCGACGACGAAGAUUGGGACGAGUAUUCACUGCGCGACAUGGCGGAGAAGCUGUGCCUGAUGUUCAUCAGCCAGCUGGUCAGCUGCUACGAUGCCGAGAAACUCAUCAAGGCCAAGUUUAUCGACAAGUGGCUGGCCAAGCAGAACUGGGGGGUCUCCGAGCAGGAUCGGCAACGGAAUUUUGCACAGUACAUGCGCUGCAGAAGUAAUAGGAUUACCGAUAUUGUCGCCUCGAUUCGGGGCACGCACUCCGGGCGAGAAGCGUUGGAAAAGGCGGGGCUUUUGCCUGCAUCUUCCUCCUCCUCGGACAGCGACCCAGAGGACAACCUCCCUUUUAUUGAGCGAUUCAGCGUCUUGCUUCCUGGCAACAUCAACUUGAACAACUUGCGGGAUGAUGAGCAGGCGCGGCUCCUUCUCCGGUCUCUCCAACAGGGAGUGCAGACGGCCGAGGAACAGCGUGUCAGGCAUCGGCAUCGCGAGGCUAUUGUUCUCAACGACGGUAGCCGCCCUGUGAACAGCGACGAUAUCAUUCAACGCCCCGAAUCUCCCUCAUGA